AUGCUCGACUCUCAACAUCAGCAUACAGCUAAGGCGAUCUCACGUCUCUGCGGCUGGCUCUACUUCGCUGCCUGGAGUCUUUCUUUCUAUCCACAACCGAUUCUGAACUGCCAACGAAGGACCACUGACGGCCUCACUCCCGACUUUCCUUUGCUGAACGUCUUCGGGUUCACGUGCUACACCAUCAGCACAGCUAUCUUCCUAUACUCGCCUGUGGUCAGAGAGCAAUAUGCCGCACGCCACCCAGUCUCUCCGGAGCCGACCGUACGUUUCAACGAUCUUGCGUUCGGCCUACAUGCUAUGAUCAUGUGCAUCGUUGUGUAUUCACAGUUCUGGCCGAAGCUAUGGGGUUGGAAGCAGACGCUUGACGUGAGACGACACGCGAACAGGCUCACGCUGGGCCUGCUCUGGGGAGGUCUGGUCGCCAUCGGAGUCACCGUCACCAUCGUACUUGCACAGAGCAAACACGGCAGCAGCCUCGAUGCCAAAUCAUGGGCCUGGAUCGAUGUGGUAUACAGCCUUACUUACGUCAAACUCCUACUCACCGUGUUCAAAUACGUACCGCAAGCUGUGGCGAAUUACCGACGAAAAAGCACAAGCGGCUGGUCAAUCACACAACAGCUACUGGAUCUGACCGGAGGCGUAUUGAGUCUGACACAGCUAGUCAUCGACAGCGCGAUGCAGGACGACUGGUCGGGACUGUUCGGUAAUCCUGUGAAGCUAGGGUUGGCGAACAUCAGCAUGUUGUUCGAUAUUGUGUUCAUAAUACAGCAUUAUGUGCUAUACGGUCCUGUCGAGGACGUGGCGAAGGAGACGAAGUAUGAAGAGCCAUCGCAUGGUAUGCGCGACGAGAGACGGCCGCUUUUGGUAGGAAGAGGAAGCGCAGCAUGA